CAAGCUCUCGUGAGCGGACUCCUCCAAACAAACAAACCGAGCAGCCCACAGACAUGUCGGACGUAGAGCAGCAGGCGACCCAGGACACCGAGCCCAAGGUCGAGGAUGCCAACGCGCCUAUUAACAUCAAGGUUACGACACAGACAGGGGACGAGGUUUUCUUCAAGAUUAAGAGGAACACGAAGCUCAGCAAGCUUCAAGGCGCCUAUGCAAACAAGGUCGGCAAGGAUGUCAACAGCAUUCGGUUCCUGUACGAUGGUAACCGUAUACAUGAUGAAGACACCCCCGCCUCGCUGGAUAUGGAAGAUAACGACACGAUUGAUGUCAUGGUAGAACAGGUCGGAGGUUCAGCAUGAUCUAAGAACGAGACUUGUACAAUAUUUCCUGUCGAUCUCUCGUCUCUUGCUUCUGCUCGCGCUGUCUUCCUGUUGUUCACGUGUAAUCCUUUCGUAUCGCUGCAUCGUUACUAUAUUCACCGUCAAUUGUAGUUGUUCUUGGCUGAGAAGAAUAACUUCUGGGCUGACAUGUCCCAACACGUUGUGCCCAAGAGAGGGUAGUAUCAUUUCUUCAGCUCCGGCCAUGCGAGCCGGCGGAAUACGUCACCUCUUCGAUGCAUUUUACCUAAAAUUUUAACAUUCCUUGUAAUAGUGACAGCUAGGAGCGAGGCACGCUUGUGUCCGUAGACCGCGCAGGAUUUAUACUUCGACAGGGCAUGCAUUCAAUUACGCAUAGCUCUCGACUGCC